UGCUAAUGGUCUUUGUCUGAAGGCGGGGAAGAGUUGGAUCAGUUAGGCUGCUGAUUAGCAACAAACAGAAGGUUACGAGUUUAAAAAAUUGGAUUGUUUGGCCGUCAUACUGGAUUUAUGUCAGCGAGAGUGGUACGAACUAUGUCGGAUGUGUAAACUGAGCUUGUUGGUUCGCUUUUAAGGGGACACGGAGGUGAUUUAUAACAUUUGUGCUGAUCGCCGAGACAACCUCGCUUUUAGGUCGUUGAAGUGGCGAUGCUGAGCUGAGAGCUGCGUCAUCAUGUUGCUUCCGACUCGAGUUGGCGAAAAGAAAUCUCAAGUUAACGCCAGAGGUGAAGCUGUCUGCCGUCAUCCAGCUCCGGAGACCACUCCCGACUCCUGAAAUAGAUGGAAGACGGGCUGCCCAUGCAAGGUUGGCGGUCAAGCCUGUUUCCGUGGUCGCAGUUAAAGUGGUGACUUUACAUCAGUGGUCUCGGUGCUGUUGGCGCGAUAUUCUCCUGCUGCAUUUAUUAUCUACACUUGGAUGGACAGUCAAAGAUUUAAUGUCAAUACCGCAUGACAUUACUGCCAGAAUUGUCCAGGAAUUAACCAAAUAUUUCUAGUUAGAACCUGCAGCUGUAGUAAUAUAUCAGAGAUGUGAACUACAGUUGUUUAGAUAGCAAGAAGUGAUGCGUUCACUGACACCGAGGAUGCAAAGAUAGAUCCUUCCGUGAAAUGUUAUUGACUCAUCUAAUGGUCAAUUUAUUCUUUAGCGCCAAUCACAAAACGAGUUUUUCCAAGUCAUAAUGAGGGGCGUUACGGUAAACUUCCAUCUAUCGAGUCUGUAGCUUUCCCGUGAUAAAGUCUGACCGUUUGAGUGCCAAAAUAAUGGUUGUUGUGACUUAUUGUUAGGUCGGUGGUCUGUUGUCUCCUGUCACCGCAUCCACGUGGACUUUGUUUCAGGACGGUGGGUAAAGUUUGGCUGGUAGCUCCCCGCCGUGACGCGCAGGGGCCGACGGUCCACGAACAGGGCUGAGUGUGUGGGUAAAACACAGACACUGCCUUGCUUCUCAGACAAGAGAAAGUAAGAUACUUUGAAUACAAAGCCGGUUAAAAUGGCCGGCGACUGCACCCACUCCAACGCGCAGUACGCUCACACGGACACGUUCUGUCCGUCCAAACCCUGGUCGGACCGAGACACGGAUAGAACCGGAGAGAUGGAGUCAGUGGGGAACUCGAAAGGGCGUGGGCAUUCCGCACGGCCGUCGCCAAACUUCGAGGUGAUCGAUGGGCUACUGUACCGUAAGAAACUGGAGAGGGGUUUUAUCAACUACCGGGAGGUUCUGGACGAGGACCGGCGGAGGGAGGCCAUCUGCACCUUCCACCGGCGGCGGCCUGGCCAGCGCCAUCUCUCCCUGGAGGAGACCUACAAAUGCGUGGCUGACAACUACUGGUGGGAAGGAAUGUACUUUGAGAUCCGGGACUUUGUCCUAGGCUGCUCAGAGUGUCAGACCCAGCACACUAAGAAAAAAGAGGAGAUGGUUAGCAGAGGAUGCCUCACAAAGACCAUGGCGUCACACAGUGCUGACAUGCUGAACAAGUUGAGGAGUCAGCGAGAGGCAGGGUUGUUCUGUGACAUUACUCUGCGGACAAAUGGCCGAUCUUACUCUGCCCACCGAGCUGUCUUGGCGGCUGUCAGCGAUCACUUCCAGGAAAUCUUCACAGACAUGGACUACAGCAUGAAGGAAGACAUAGAUCUCACUGGUUUCAGUGAGGACAGUCUUCUGUCUCUGCUGGAUUUCUCCUACUCCUCUACUCUGUGCGUUCGGCAGGAGAACCUUCCUGAAGUCAUCACUAUGGCCCGCCACCUGGGCAUGUGGCCUGCAGUGGAAGCCUGCACCGCUCUUAUGAAAGAGCAGGAACAGCAGUCAUUGCCAUGCUCUACACUUCAUUCUGGCAAGCGCUUGUCGUCAGCCUGUGGUAGCCCAUGCCGUCAGCACCAGCAGAGGGAGAACCAAAGGAAAAGGUCUUUGGGAUCAGGGGACAGUCCAAAUGACAGAUUCAAGCUAACACUGGAUUUGUCAGAUGAGUCUUUAGAAUCAAGUCCUAGACGCAAUUUACGCAGAACACCAAACCCUCAAGGCCAUAACGGUCUCCCUCUGAGUCCCUCAAACAGGAUGAAACUCAUGGACUUUAAAUCUCCCUCAUUUAAGAAACCCAGUUCACCACAAAAGGCCAUUUCUGUACAGUCACGAAAUUAUUCACCUGUACCUCCAUCAAGCACCCGCCUUCUCCGCUCCACUCCUGGAGCUGCCAAAGAGGUUCAGAGAUAUCUGCCCAUGCCCGAAAGCCCUCGACAACACCGAAAAUCUCACACUCAGCUCUCCAGCACUUCCAGUACGAGGCCCAGUGCUGUUACUAGCCCUGUUAGAAUUAAGCAGGAAGUAGAGAGCAUUGGAGAGGAUGAAGAGGAUUAUGAAAGAGCACAGGAAAAAUACAAGCUCAUGAGUGUUCUUGGGCUACAGAGGACAGCCCUCCUUCCCAGACCAGAGGACCUCAUCGGCUGGAGACAAAAGAAACGACUAAGGAAGCUUAAGGCUAACAACUAUUCACUGACCAAGAGGCGGAAACCUCGAUCGACAUCCCCAGCACUACCAUAUGGAGGUGUGACACUGUCUCUUCCCCUCUGUAUCCCAGUUAACACUCACCUGCUUAACAAGUCGGUGAAAAACAAGUCUGAAAGUAAAGUCAGCCGAGUUGAAAUUGCAGUAAAAAGACCAAAAAACACCCAACAACAUGUCCCUCCAAGUGACCGGAGCAUGCGAAGUAAAGUAGUGUUACCAGACUUGUUCAGGCUUGCGUCCGGGUCUUCCUAUGGGGGUAGGGAGCUGAGACGGUCAGUGAGAACAGGUGAUAGUACUCACCUUCGUCCUCAGCAGCCUCUGCGACGCAGCGCCAUCAAACCUCCAGUUCGGAGCACAGUCAGGAUCAAAGCAGAACCAGCUGAACGCCCAAUCUCAGGUCACUCUCUUAAAUCAAAACCUCGCUGUAGCCAUACACCUCUCAGAUCUCCGCCUUCACAGAGGACACAAGCCAGAAGUAAGGUCAACGUCGAAGCUGUCAAAUCCCCACGUUAUAACAGCAGCCGACCUGCCCCGAAAGCCAAGCUCAGACGGGACUCCACAAGGGAGGCAGAGAAGUCAAAGUGUAAACUUAGAGUGGUGGGUAGGAAGUUGGGGAACCAGGCGUUGAGGGGGGUCAUGGACACCACACUGAGAAUGAAGGGUAAUGAACCUGGUAUGCUUCAGAUAUCUGAACACGCACCUCCUCCAUCCAUCUACAACCACCCUCUGUACAAAGUGAUUAAAGAGGAACCUGCAGAACCUGUGCCAAUAGGGGGGUCCUUCUGUGAUCCUCCCUCACCGGACCUGGGCAAGCGCCAGAGCAAGCCCCCCAUCAAGCUACUGGACUCCGGCUUUCUCUUCAGCUUUUGUCGGCAACCUGGAGGACCCAUAGCAGGACUGAAGAAAGAAGAGGAGAGCGUUGAUAUCUGCUUAACACGAUCUGUGUCACAAGUUGGGGAGAAAUUUGGAACAGAAGAGUCCCACCACAGGGCGUUGAGAGCCAGAGGGCCGGCCUCCCUACCUGUGGUGGAGAGGAGUGUGAAGAAGAUUCAGAGACCCAGGUCAAAUGUCCAAAACAACACUCUUCGGCCACCCAAAUCUACAGGGUUAACAGCCACACGGACCAUGCCAAAGAAAGGAAAAGUCCCUCUGAGCGGUAGGAGAUGUGUCAUGUUGGACGCUGUGCGUAGGGCAAGGCUAAAGCAGCUCCGGGGCCCACGAAGUCAAGCCCCCAAAGUCCCAAAGGCGGCUCAUGCCUGUCUGCAGUGCCCAGCCUCCUAUAAGGACUGUGACGCUUUGAUGAUGCAUCAGCUCAGACAUGUUGAAGGCAAACACUGGCCAUGUCCGCUUUGCAGUAAGACCUUCUUCAGACUGAGUAAUGUCCGGAACCACAUUCGCACCCAUGACCCGAAGUUGUACAAAUGUAGAAGCUGCAUUGUCGCUGGUUCCUGAGACGGUUUCACUUGCUGGAAGAGAAUGAUAAAGGAUGAAGGCUGUCAGACACCAGCGAGAAGUAUGAAGAGAGAAAGAGGCACAUGAUCGAUCUGCAGCGUGUACAUAAUGCAUCCGUCACACACAAGCACAACGGUCUAUGGGCAGGCAUAAUUACUCUGAUUCUAAUCAUUGCCGUUGUCGAUGAUCGCUAAUGUUAUUUAACUAAAUAACCAAACCAAGGUUGCUGUUCCUGUUUGCGUUUCCGUAGCUACAGAAGGUUAAACUUGAACAUUUCACUCAGGGGGCGGGGAAUGUGAUGCCACGGUAUAAACAUCACAGCUGUGUAUAAAAUGAAAUGUAAAGUGAUUGUUAUAACUAUUACUGCUUAUUGUUAUCAUUAUUUUUGUAUGUAUAGAUGAAUUUUGGGUGCACUUAUAUCAUAGCUUAUGUUGUAAACCUAAGAAGUGGUAAUGAAAUUGAAGGCUUGGAGUCCAGGGUGGGUUUUACUUGAAGUGAUGCAAGAACUGGGGGGAAUACUUGAAGUCAGAGGAUGUUUUAGGAGUGAGACUGUCCAUAGGGUGUUUCAGUGGCUCCGUGUCCUUUCGGUGUGUUCAGUUUUAAAUAUCUCGACUGGCCUCUCCCUCUUUUCGUACUGAUCUUUUAGACUCAUCGUCCAUGAGUUGGGGAGGGGGAUUAAAGUGGGGCUCAUGGUAACACCACUGCAUGUGUAUUUGUAGACCAUUUGUCGUCCACUGUCUUUUCAGAGGCUGACAGUUUUUAAAAAGGGAAUCUUGUCUAAUUUUUAAUGUGAAUUUCUGAGAUAUUAAUCAACGCAACAGUGUCAUUACAAUUUAUUGAUCUCCCUUUUCACUUUAAGAUGAUACGCUCAUCAUCUUGUUCUACUUUGAAUUCCCCUUCUACUGAAUAAAUGCAAUGUGUGCACAUAGAGAUGUUUUAUGUUUCACAAAUUGAUUUUAGAAAUAAAUGAGCCGUCUCUUGCUAUCUGUCAAAAAAAAAACGGAAUAAAUUUUUGCCUUUUAUAUACUGUUAUUUUUGCUUUAAUCACUUCUUUCAUACUGCAUUGUACAUUGUAACUGAAAUGAACAAAUGGCAAAUUAAGAAUUAUAUGCAUUUAAACUAUUAACACGUUCUUUCUGAAAUAAAUGUAGCAGUGAAACAAAAG